AGUGCGACGAGCUCACGCCGCGGUGCUCGCGAUGCAGGAAGAUGGACCUGACGUGCCUCUACCUCAGAAGAGCCGACCGGUGGCGGAGUGACACGGGGGACAGCGGGCACAGCGGGCCCAGCGAGGACGGCGGAAGCCCGCAGUCAUGCACAUCGCCGGAUAGAAGCUGGCUCGACUGGUCGGCCGUGCGAGCACAGGCGGCGCGGAUGCUGGAGCCGGCCGAGUUCGAGCUCCUGGAGCACUAUCUGGAGCACACGAGCAGCGAUCCGACUGGGGAGCCUGAGGACCAGUACACGCUGCGCGUCGGGAUCCCGACGCUGGCCUGCCAGAGCAAGCCGCUGAUGCUCUCUGUGCUGGCUUUCGCGGCCGUGUGCAAGUGCAGCGACAUCAUCAGCCAGCCGGUGGUGUCCCUCGAGGACCGCGGGCGUGUGCAGGAGCUGCUGUCGGUCGCUGACGGCUACCAUCUCGCGUCGCUCCGCGAGAUCCAGGCGACCCUGCACGAGCCCAAGAGGAACUACGACCACGUGCUUGCCAACGCCGGCAUUAUGGGCAUGUACGGGUCGGGCAGCCACUGCAUGCGCAUCUGGCUGGCCAAGACACGGCCAGCCCUGAAUGACCGACAGCUGUGCGACUAUCUGACGCCCGAGUAUGCCCAGUGGAUCCGCCUCUUCCGCGCCGUCCGCCUGGCCUAUGCGGGACUGCUCACCAACGCUCACGGACCGCCCAGUCCGGAUGUGCCGCCCGAAUACGGGCAUCCGUCUCCGGGUAGAGCGGCGCAUACCACCCAUGCCGCCGUCGCGAACCACCCUCUGGGACCCAUCUUGGCCGCCACGGUGCACUCAGCCCUAGCACGGCUGCACGAAAAAGCGGGCGAGAUUGCUGUCGCGCAGGAGGAGGCGGCCGGCUACCGCAGCCCGGAGCUGCAGACGUGUUUCACCGCGCUGGCCAUCCUCGGCAACAUCGUGGCCCAGACCUUUGGCAGCGGCAGCGGUGGCGAGGGCCACCACUGGGACGAGGGGGACGCCAUCGACAACCCUGCGCCCCUGGCGGAUCAGCUCGCAGAGAUAUCAGAGAUAUCGCCCUGGCUGCGCAGAUACGUGGCCAGCAUCUCGUCCGUGGUCCCCUCGCGGCUCCCGCGACGGAUCAUUAUGUCGUUCGUGCACAAGGUGCCAGGCCGCUAUCUGGCGCUCCUCGAGGAGAUGCUCGUCGACCUUGCAAAGCCGCACCCCCACUCCCAACCCGACCAGAUCGACAUCCGACUCGAUCACAUUGACCUCCAACUCGACCAAAUCGACCUGGGGGCUGCACAUGGCGCAAGCGACAGCAGGGAAGGGGAAGGGGAAGAAGAGCGGGCCGAAGACCCCAGCAUCGCGCACCAGCUCGCCAUCGACAUCUUCGCGCACUGGCUGGUGCUGGUGCUGCUGCUGGACAACGUGUGGUGGAUCGGCGGCAUCGGGGCCUGGGAGCUGGGCCGCCUCGUCGCGCUGCGGCGGGACCCGCGCUGGCGCGCCUGUCUGUGGAAUCGAGACCGCGACUGGUGGCCCGAGAGCAUGUGCGAGGUCAGCCGGCUGCUGGAGAAGCACCGGUAGGGGAGAUAUGGAGCUGGUUAUUCUUGAGCUGAGUGAGACCAGCGCCUCCUCUUGGUCAAGGCCUGCGGUGCAUACAGCUCCGCAGCGCAAAAGGCCAGCUUCUUGAGCCCGAUAAUCUCUCAGCAUUGUGGCCGGUUUGAAAACUCCCGCGAGGUUCUGUCUUACCGUCUUCGCUGACAACUUAGCGAUAAUUAUCCUUUAUUCGUUGCACACGUGCUUUGUCUGGCGUCGUGCUCCUAGGAUGGUGCAACAGUCCCCAAGUGCGCACUGGCCGAGGACGAUAGAGAGCCUA